GUGUGCGUAACUGCGGUUAACUGGAGCGGACUUCAGCUUCCCCGCAUCUUGGAGAAACGAUCCUACUCCCCCCUCUGCUGCCUCUGAGGCUGUGCUCAUCCGCUACAGAUACUAACCCCGGACCUUCUGGAAAGAGGAAGAGAAAGGCUUCACUACUGUUAUUAUUUCUUCUUCUUCUUCUCCUCCUUUUAAGGCAGUUUUGUGUCUGGAAUCAGAGGACUGAGUCAGAGGUGGGAUUAUUUCUGCACGUUUUCCUCCAGUUCUGCAGCGGGUCACCUGGCUCCUCUUGGGAUUCAGGAUUACUUCCAUCGAGUCGUCAGGAGCCAGUGGCGAAUAGGGAGAUGAAGACGUUAUCUCUCCUCUCCCUUCUCCUCCUCUUUGCCUCGGGAGCCUGUGACGAUGUCAAGUACAUCACCAAGAGAAAUUCAGUGGACGGAUGCAUAGACUGGUCGGUGGAUCUGAGGGAGUACCACGUCCUGGCCGGCGAGCCCGUUCGGGUCAAAUGUGCCUUGUUCUACAGCUACAUACGAACCAACUACACCAUGGCCACCAACGCCAAGCUGCGUCUCAUCUGGUACAAGAACAAAGGAGAUGCGGAGGAGCCUAUCAUCUUCUCCGGUCACAGGCUGAGCAAAGAAGACGACUCCAUCUGGUUUAGAUCUGCUGAAGUGGAAGAUAACGGCUUCUACACGUGCGUUCUAAGGAACUCGACAUACUGCAUGAAAGUGUCCAUGUCGAUGACCGUGGAGGAGAGCGACGAGGGGAAGUGCUACAGCAGCAAAAUCCGGCACAUGGAGAAGGCCGAGGUGACCCACAGCAAGAUGAUCACCUGUCCCGACAUCGAAGACUAUCUGGCUCCGUACAAACAACCGCAGAUGACCUGGUAUAAGGAGUGCGAGCGAGUGGAAUGGAGGAGCUCCGUUACUGUCAACACUACGCACGUCUGGAUUCCUGAGGUGGAGGAGGGCGACGCCGGGAACUACACGUGCGAACUGCAGUACGGAUCCAAGCAGGUGCGACGAACAACGCAACUCAAAGUCACAGCGCUCCAGACGACUCGGCCUCCCAAAGUCCUUUUCCCUCCAGAGAGACAAGACACGGUGAUAGAAAUCACCCCUGGUAUGCCCCUGAGUCUGGACUGCAAGGCCUUUUUCGGCUACAGCGCAGAAAACAAGAGACCCAUCAUCUACUGGAAGAAAGGAGAGAAGUACGUGGAAGAGCUGGCAGGACACAUCAAAGAAAGUGAAAUCAUGAUCUUGAGGGAACAUCUAGGCGAGAAGGAAGUGCAGGUGUCGCUGACGUUUGACGCCGUGGAGGAGGCAGAUCUGGCCAACUACACCUGCUACGUAGAGAACCGCAUCGGGAAGCGCAGCGGGAGCGCAAUACUGCAGAAGAAAGAUAUGUAUCGCCUGGAGCUGGCGGGCGGCCUUGGAGUCAUCCUGCUGCUGCUGGGGAUCCUAACCGCGCUUUAUAAGUGCUACAACCUGGAGAUCAUGCUCUGCUACCGGAGACACUUCGGGAGCGACGAGACUGAAGAUGACAACAAGGAGUACGACGCCUACCUGUCCUACACCAAGGUGGACCUGGACUCUUUGGGCAGGACGAGCAGCGAUGAGGAGACCUUUGCUCUGGAGAUUCUGCCCGACGUUCUUGAAAAGCAUUACGGAUACAAACUAUUUAUACCAGACAGAGAUUUAAUACCCAGCAGUACCUACAUUGAGGACUUGGCGCGCAGCGUGGAGCAAAGCAGACGUUUGAUCAUCGUUUUGACUCCAGAAUUUGUUGCCAAAAGAGGCUGGAGCAUCUUCCAGAUAGAGACGCGUCUCCACUCCAUGCUGGUUACAGGAGAGAUCAAGGUGAUCAUGAUAGAGUGUGCAAACUUGAAGAAUGUCAUGAACUACCAAGAGGUGGACGCACUGAAGCAUACGAUCAAGGUCUUAACUGUUAUCAAGUGGAGGGGUCCAAAGAGCAACGAGCUGUCCUCAAAGUUUUGGAAGCAGGUGGUCUAUGAGAUGCCGGCUAAACGCAGAGAGACUCUGUCCAGACGUCAGGUAAUGGACUCUGGUGAACAGGGCCUCUUUGGUGACCUACAGACCACUGUCUCCACCAUCGCCAUGACGACCACCUCUGCCUCACUAGCGCCCCCCAAUGAGAAUCGCCAUGGCCAUCAUCAGGUUGCCUUGGCAACGGAGAUCCCUGACUACAACCAGAUGACCUUGCCACUGGGAGGGGGUCACACUGCUACAGCGGCCCAAAUGCGGCACUUCUGCCGCAGCUACGAGUUCCAGCUUCCCCCACAGCCUUCUUCCAUGUCGCCCCCGCUCCCACUUCCCUCCACGGUGCAGUUCUCCACUCUGGGCCCCGGGGGGCGCCAUGUCUACUGCAACAUCCCCAUGACGCUGCUGAAUGGACAGGGGUUCAGAGCAGUUCACUGGGGAACAAGAGGUGUCUCAGAGCAGUACGCUUGGGAAGAAGCCAGACCUCCACCUGAACAGCACCUUCGUACCGCUCACCAGCAGAGAACUAAGCUCUGACAUCUGGUAGACUGACGGCUCAGUCGGUACCUGUUUACGGGCCGCUGGGCAGACGCCUUCUGGUGGAUUGCUUGUACAACUGGACUUUGUUGGGGGUUAGGGGGUUGACUUUGUACAGACUUGGGAGUUAGACGGCUCCUCGAAAACUGCCUGAGGACUGCUACUGGGUCACUUCAUACCACAUCAUGAACAAAGAACCUCAGUGGGUGAGGCAUGUCUUGAAUCUUAAGAGUACUGGAUAAAGACAAAUUCUAAGAACAAUUGCUCUCUGUGAUGAGGGGAGUGAACUGGCUGCAGACCGACACCAGCUUGGAUUGCAAAAAGUCAACCAUUGCAAAGGGAGUGGUGCUGCUGACUGACCAACAACAUGGCCCACUGGGCAGAGAAAAAUUGAGUUUUUAGACAGAUGCAUGGAUAAAAGUACUAGAAAAGACGGAACAGGGUCCAGGAACCCUAAAUGAUUAGUAUGUGCAAACUCUAGGGACUCUGUUUGUCCAGGCAGCUGCCAAGUUGCAUCUUAGAGCACAAAACGGUUUCUUGAUCGCAGAUUGUUCUCACACCAGCUGCUAUGGAAACCGGUUGACUUGGAGACAACUCUCCACAGAAGGGUCAGUCGGCUGAAUUCUGUCAUUCUUUUCCUGAAUGUAGGUCAGUCUUUGGGAAAUCAGCCUACCUGUUGACUACUGUAGGAGUUUUGGGAAAAUACUCCACCUUAAAACAAAAAGUCAACCUCUUGAAGCACUAUAACUAGCUAGCUGGUUUGGCUCAUAGAAACCGAACCGGUUGACUUUGAAAUGGUUUUUUUUUAUACAAUGUAAACCACUAACUAAAAUAGCAGAGAUUUUUCUAUGAAACAUUCAAAUAAACAGAUUUCAGCUAGUUUUCAGUUAGCUAGCUUUCAGUUGUGCAAUCAUAACAGGUUUCAAUUGGCUA